GUGGCGGAUGAUUUUCCAUCCGAGACUCCCAUCCAGCACAAAACCUUUUUAAAUAUGCCAAAGCCUCCUUUACUGCAGAAAUCAGGUAAAAAUAUCAAAAGGGUCUAUACUAGUUCGUCAAUAUUUGGAGAAAGCAUUGGAUAUUGAGCUGUGCGCACUUUACCGCAAAUCUCAAAUUCAUUUCCGCUCGGUUUGAAUUUUUGCAUUUCACGCCCAGUUUCCUGACGUUCGAUUCAUAAUGAGCAAAGCACAUCAGCCAGAACUGAAGAAGUGGGUCCUUCAUUAUUGAUUCGUUAUAAAUAAUUGUUUUAUAGGUACCUCGACAAGCGACUCCGACGUUUAUAUAUUUUAGACUGAGUCAUCUCUCUGCUCGUCCUGUAGUGACUUUCCCUGUGGCACAGCGCUUAUGACUCUCGCCGAUCAUGCACAUGGUCCGAAGUUCGAUCCCCUGCCAACGCAACCUGAUAUCUAUGGUCGGUCUGCAAAGUUUGGGCUACCGAUACCACAUGCUGGAAGUUCCAUACCUGUCCAAAAAAUACGGUAUGGAAUGAAGCUGUAAUAAAAAAAACCAAAUUGCAUGUACACAAUUAAAUCAGUAUGGUGCUGAGUGGGAAUUUUUGGUACUUGUGGUGGUUUUAUUCAGUGUUGCUGACAUGCGCACAUAAGACCUAACGUUAUUUAGUCUUCUGACUUCAUCUGGUUGUUCGAAAAUUACAUGUUAAAACCAUAAGUCCUACUGUAUCGGACACUGCUGGACGAAAUUCCGGUAAGUGGUCUGUGCUAUGUAGGUAGGUUGUUUUGUACAAACAAGGAGACAGUGGUAAACACGUCAGUAUCCAUUGUGUAAGCUCUGUCCGCACUGAACGCAGUUUGUCUGGUUUAAAAAUUUCAUUCCACUAAAAAGUUAACUUUUUCUGCAAAAGCUUAAUCGAAUUAUAAUAAAACUGUCGGUUAGAUUCAGAAGUAGGGUAAGAAACUGGUCGCUAAUAGCGGAAAUAUGAAAAAACCAGGUCAUUCGCAUCGUAGUUAGCUUCGUUCACUUGGCAUUUUUAACUGAGUGUUAAAUGAUAAGGUUUGAUAGGGAGUAAGUAGAUGACUUGAAUUUUCAUCUAUUGAGGAGUCUCGUACGUGUUCUAAGCACGAAAAUCCAUCACCUUCAAGUACUGAUGGCUUAAGUAGGAUUAUGAAUAAUAAGUUAUUUGAAACUUCAUCCAGUUUUUAACCUUGCAUUACUGUCACAUUUCAUGUAUAUAUUAUAAUUAUAUCUUCCUGUAAAUGUGGCUUUAUAUCUGUUCUUUUGAGUGCUGUUCGUGAUUUAGUAACUUGAAGUGAUGCACUUUUGUGUGGACUGAAUGAAGUCAUCGGCUUUGUGCCGCGCGUGUUCAGCUACUACAUUUCCGACACAGCAGUUCUACUUGAAGUGAAGUCAUUAAAAUACUCAGGGAAUGGGCAUAGGAUAGUUAUAGGACUAAUCAACGAGAUCAUUGACUAUUGGUCUUAGACAAGUAUAUUAGCGUUAAGAACUGGUGGUUAGAGGCUACUGUGCGAGGACUAGUGGUAGUACCUGGCUGUCAACACCUAGAUAGGUGGGUAAGAGCACGAAACCGUGACCUUUAAGCUAAAAAAUCGAGCGCCUAAACCAAUAAGCCAUAGUUCUACCGUAUUAAUCAGUAAUAUUGUGGGUAUAUUCCUUUUUUACUGUUUGGAGACUGAAAAUAACGUUAGUGUGCACUUAGUCGUUAAGUUCCUUCCGCAACCAUGUACCCUUUUGGUGUUAUUGAUAUGUUUUUAUGUUAAAUGGUAUUGUUACGACCUAAAUCUGUGUACAAAGUUCUAAUAAGUUAGGAAACUUUAUUGCUCCCAUCAGUUAGAUUUGGAUCUUUUAUCAUCUCUGCUUGAUAGGUGAAUGUCACCUUGUGAUAAUUAAUAUAGGUUCGGUUUUUAAAAUCCAAGGGUUAGACUGAUAUGUAAUUAAAAUAAAUCAAACAGGGUAUUUAUCUCUAAUAUACUGCAAAAACUGGCCCCAUUUUCUCGAGGAAGUGUUUAUGGACACAUCAAACUAGUGUAUUCUCUAUUUAUGCAGCUAUAGCAGGUACUGGUCGCAUAUAGGCAUUAUAUUACUAAGGGAGAGUUUCUGUUUCAAGUAGAAAGUUCCAAAAAAUCACCACUAUGUACCACUUACAGACUUCCUCGUAUACGGUGGUUGCACGUGAAUGCAUAACCACCAAUAGACCGGCAAUACUUUUCAGAGCCAUUAUCCCUCCACAUAUGCAUGUUUUAGUCCUUCCUAUUGAUCUCUUUUCCACAGAGAAGUCAGAAACCAAAUCUACGAGACACAUGUAACAAGGAUUGUGACUAAUAUACGUUUGUAAUACUGAGCUAUCUGAUUGGCUGUUUCAGAGUUGUCUGAAUUUGGCGUAUAUUGUUUACUCUUGCCCAAGGACAAAUACCUGAAAAAAACAUUUCUACAUUCCACGGAACUCAUUUUGUGGACUGAUCGCCUCCGGUUUUUUAUAAUCCCUGAGCUAAAGUGCAUGGCCUCUGGGAAAUGUUAACCUCAAACUCCUAUUCUCCUACUACUGCACUAAUUCUUAGUCAACCUAUGCUACUAUGGUUUUCAGUUUUUAUGACACUUGAGACCAACUGGAGUAAAUUGCUUUACUGUUAAUGAGUUCAUUGCUUCCUGGUGUACAAAUCUUUGUAAUGUCGUCUUACAAAACAGAGAAGUUAACUUUACAGAAUAGGUAGUUACAGUUGAUGUUGUGGUUUUCCCAAUUUAUAAUGAAUAUUUAGUGAAAUUAAUAAUGAAUGUUCUGCAUGGAGUAUGUAUUUAUUCUCUUUCAUUUUGCAGUCAGGCUAAAUGCUAAUCGAGAGGUUAUUGGUAUUUUACGCGGAUAUGACGCUUUUAUGAAUAUUGUCCUUAGUGAUGCCUAUGAAGUUGCCAAGAAUGGAGAUCAAGUGAAAAUUGAUAUGGCAGUUGUUCGUGGAAACAGCAUCAAUAUUGUGGAAGGCGUUGAUCGAAUUUAAAUAAUUGUAUAUAUGGAUUUAUUUUAAUAAAUGCUUUAAUUGUUAUUUGUGUAAUUUUAUUCUGUUUUUUGAAGUUAUUCAAUGAUGUGAUGGAUUAAAAACAACUUAGAAAUUUCC